UUCUUUUAGUACUGAUACCUUUAAAUAUUUUGAGCCUGAUGCUGCUGCUCCUGAUACACAUCUUGAUUCCAGUGCUGCCCCUGAUAAUAAUGUUGCUUUCAGUAAUAAUUGUUAUGCUACUCCUAAAAAUAAUUAUUAUACUGCUCUUGAAAAUGAUCAUUAUGCU